UUAUACCACAAAGUUUUCAGAGGGGUGUUCGUCGUAUUUUGCCGGUGGUUGUUUGUAUUUGACUGCAUAAUAAUUUAAGUUAUUUAUAAUUUCUAGAUUAAUGUGAGUUAUUAAACGGUUGGCUGAUUUAUUUCGUAUUAGAAACACGUCGAAGGGGUCAUACUUCUUUUUCUUGACGAGACUUCUCGUAACCCCCAACGUAGGGAACGUAGGCUCAAUCCCCCGGCUGACUGACUUUGUUCCUUUUCACUUUUGGCAAUAUAACCUAUUAUGUGUUACUUCAAAACGAAGUUAGUUACGCUCCUAAUGCUAAGCUAACUUUGGUUGUUAGCUUUACAUUUCAUUUGAUAACAGUGUUUUAUACCAGGGUGCUUUUAAAGUGAAAAUGGAAGACGUCGGCAUAGUACUUUCUCUGCUGGAAAUUAAAGCCUGCUAGCCAGAUAGUCAUCUUUUUUGUGAGUAGUUGGCCUUCAGAGGUUGGACUCCGGGGUAACGUUAACCUUAGCUAAACUUGGUUGUCUUUAGCUUUAGCUGGCUAAAGACUAACUGUUCGCUGCAGCCGGCAGAUGCUUCUUUACGCACCUAAGGAUGUUGAUGUGUUCCUGUGAAAAAGUGGAUUUUAACAUUACUCCCCGCACCGUCGCUCGGCUUGUUUUCGAGGCCGAGCAAGAUAACAGAAAUGGAGGAAACUCAUCUAAUGGAAGGUAUAGAUACUUCCAGACACAGGUCUGUCUUUGUCUGAGCCUUCAACUCUCUCAGACGAAGAUGAGCCUGACAAUGCAAAUAUAAGCUUGAAGUCUGUCAAAAGGAGGAGAAUGGCGUGCUGAAGAAAAAAAGUAAACACCGGACAGUGCAAGAGGUGCAGAGAAGGAAGCGGUGAGGCACAGGAGCUAAACACAGAAGAGGGAUGUUCGGACAUUUCAGUCACUCUUUGCCAAUAUAUACAGACUGAAAGACUGGAAAAGGAUUGCCUAAAGAACACUGAUUAAGAAGGCAUGUGAAAUUGUCUGAAAAGCCUCCUCCCAGCUUCCUGCUGGAUCAUUUGUGACCGUAAGGGAACACCCACACCACCGUUUUUACCACAUAUGGGGAAAUUUACUUAACUGAUUUGAAGACAUUUCCUUAAGUUCACAGGCAAUGUGGAGAACACCGAAUCCUCUUUGUAAUUAUAGCUAGUGUUACUUUCUAUGUUGAUUUAUCCAGAGGAAGUACUUGAUGUGUUAACCCAUCCUGUUUCUAAAAAUGCAAGCAUGACUGGAACAUCUUGGUCAAUCAUGGGUCAGCCUCAACUCUAAAGAUGCAACAAGCUCUUGUUGGUGAACUUGACUGAAAGAGAAAACUAACCCUGGAAUGCUCUGAAGAUGACUAUGUCCUCUCCUGUGGGACCAGAUGCUAUUACUCUGGCUCAGCCCAUCCCCGUCCCCACGCUGACUGUCCUGCCACCAUCCUCAGAUACCGAGUCCUGGUCUCGGUCACCUAGCCCCAGACCGUUGCGUUCCAGCCGCCAUGGUCGAUUCCACCGCAGCAGGACCCGAACUAAGAAACGAAACGAGGACGAGCAAGGCUGCACUCCUAAGCGACAAUGGGGUAAGAAAACGCAAAUUGUAAUAGAGGAGACUGCAGAGAAGGGCACCAUUCAAAAUCGAAGCUCCUCGCCCUCCCCCUCUGUGGCCAGUCAGAUGGAGGGGGAAGAGCAAGGUCAGGACAGCCCUUCACAGGACCUCCUCCUGCCACCGUCUCGCUCCUGGUCUCGUAGUCCCUCUCCUAGCCGGCGAUCCCGUUGGUCCCUCAGGAGCCUGCUCAGCAGAGACUCUGACUGGGAGAGCUGCAGUACGGCCAGUAACUCUCCACGCAGCACCCCCGGCAGCUCUCCCUCCCUGCGGCGCAGGGUCCUUGGGGGUGGCAGGGCCAGUGAGAUCGAGGGAGGAGGAGAGAAGACCAGUGGUGGAGGAGGAGGUUCAGAUAGCCCCCUGCCCUCCAUACCUUCUGCUUCCUCCCUCACAUCCGCCUACCCUCUUGCUUCUCGCCACUUCAGCCGCAAUGCCAAGAAAAUGCAGAGCUGGUACAAUGUUCUCAGUCCUACAUACAAACAGCGGAACGAGGAUUUUCGUAAACUCUUCAAGAAACUUCCCGAUACAGAGCGACUUAUAGUUGACUACUCUUGUGCUCUGCAAAAGGACAUACUACUUCAGGGUCGCCUUUAUCUGUCAGAGAAUUGGCUCUGUUUCUACAGUAACAUCUUCCGCUGGGAAACCACUAUCACUAUCCUGCUGAAAGACGUGACUUCUCUGACCAAAGAGAAGACUGCCAAGCUCAUCCCAAACGCCAUCCAGAUCAGCACUGACAAUGAGAAGCACUUCUUCACAUCUUUCGGAGCAAGGGAUCGCAGCUUCAUGAUGAUUUUCCGACUGUGGCAGAACGCACUGUUGGACAAGUCUCUAUCCCCCAAAGAGCUCUGGCACAUCGUACACCAGUGCUACGGCACUGAACUGGGCCUCACUAGUGAAGACGACGACUAUGUCUCCCCCACCACCGAACAUAUGAAUGGCCUACUGCCAGGAGACGAUUCAGUGUCGGUCACAGAUCUACUAGACCUCAGCUCAGUGUCUGUUCCCUCCACGGGCAGCUCUCCCCCUCCGCUGGUGCCCUGCGGUCCAACCAGCUCUCCCUCAUCUACCAACCUCGUGGGCUCCUCUCCGCCUUCCUCCGCCUCCUGUCUGCCCAUAGAGGUGCCUUCCUCAUCUGGACAAAGAUUCACAACAGAACCCAUUGAACUCGUCUCGCCCAGCUUGCUAUUAUCCUCCAUUUCCACCAAUGCCUCUGCCCCGGGCUCAGCUACUGCCUCCUUUAGUCUGGAAGAGGGAGGGGACAGCCUGUCCGAGUCAGCCAAUCACAUGCUGCCCCCGCAAACCACCUCUCUGGGAAACCUCUCCUCAUUGGACAUCACCAACGAUGAUGAGCUGCCCACAGACCCCAGCAACUCCUCCGACACGCAAGAAGAGAGUGAAGUGGAGUCGUUCUGCGCUGACCUGAGCGGGCGGCUACACAUCAACACGGCCGUCCGCAUGAGUGUAGACAAGCUGCACGACCUGAUCUUCUCUGCUGACACACACUUUAUCCAGCACCUCUUCUCCCAGCGACACUUUACUGACCUGUCGGUAGGUGAAUGGCAGCAGGACAGCAGCAGUGGGAAUACCAGCCGUGUGCUUAGCUACACCAUCGCCCUCAACAACCCCCUCGGCCCCAAGACUGCCCCUGUGGUGGAGACGCAGACAUUGCAUAAAAGCAGCACCAAGGGCGAGUGCUUUGUGGUGGACUCGGAGGUCAUCACUUCAGGCAUCCCCUACCAGGACUACUUCUACACUGUCCACAGAUACUGCCUCACCUCCAUCAACAAACACAAGAGCCGGCUCAGAGUUUCCUCAGACAUCUGCUACAGGAAGCAGCCGUGGAGCCUGGUGAAAGCAUUGAUUGAAAAGAACACCUGGAGCGGCAUUGAAGAGUAUUACAGACACAUGGAGAAUGAGGUGUGCAAGCUGGAGACGCUAUUGCAGACUGACGUUUCCGUGGUAACCACAGGUGAAGCGGUGGGGGCCGACGCUGCCAAGACCCCGCCGGCCCUGCGCCGCCGCAAACGUGCUUGCUCUCGGCGGCAGGGCGAGAAGGAGAGAGAGAGGGAGGGAGGAGGCAUGGGCACAGGAGACCGAGGGGACAGAGGAGUCGGAGAGGACAGGGACAGGAGAGACACCAGUGCUCCGUAUAUCAAGCUGGGAGAGCGCUCACGUGGUGGAGGACCCAACAGUAUAUCCACUAUCCUCCUCAUCGUCAGCUUCAUUCUGGUGGUGCUGGUGGCUCUCAACAUGCUGCUGUUCUACAAGCUGUACGCUCUGGAAAGGGCGGCCCAUACACUGGAGACAUGGCACUCCUACUCUGUUGCUGACAGUCCUUUGCCUCAGACAGCUGGAGAGUGGGCUCAGGUCUUGCAGCUUCAGAGGCAGUUUCACCAGGCUCAGCUCAGCAAGUGGCAGCAGAUCCUGCAGUCCUCGGUCACACUUCUCGACCAGAUGAAGCAGUCUUUAGAAAAGCUCCACCGGGGCAUCGUGGUCCCGGAGGUACAGCAGGACCCAACCGAUGACACCCUCACAGAGUCCCUGACUGACGCCUGAGCCCUGCCUCUUCUGGUCAGCACCCCCCACCUGUGACUGUCUCACAUCUCUGGUAGAAAAGAGGGGCCUGGUCAACUUGGAUCAGGACACAAUAUGCUACUCCCUCAUUUCCAAAUCGAAAACCAGGAAUGGGACAUGUAGGGGUGACUACCUACCUACGGGAUUACCUACAACUCUCCUCGCCUGACUGACUUGAAAUGGCCACGUUCGCCUUCAGCCUCAACCAGUAAUAACUUCAAUGAACUCAUUCAGACUGGAAGCUAUCAGGACCACAGCAAUAAUUUACCUACAGUUCCUCUAUAUUUAGUGUAUGAAAACAGGCCACUGGUGGGCCGAUUCAGACCAUCCACUCCACAAGAAUCAUAGACAUUUCAAAAUGGCCAACUGUGUUUCAGAAUAACUUGACCUCCUUAAUUUUCAGAACCCCACCCCCAUUAUAUGACUAUCACAGACUUCAGCUCUUCUUCUGACAGGCAACAUUUUAUAGGUGCAAUGGGAAGGGAUCAAUGAUUGUGGAAAGUGGUCGCUCUUCCACUUAGUCCUGGGAACAGUUAGAUACCUUUUGCCUCCAGUGAACGCCUGCUGAAACAAAAUGGGGGGGGGGGACACCACCUGCUGUGUGGAUGAGACAAACACCCAGAAGGAGAGGGGAGAGUGCCGUCCCCAGCAGGGCGCCUCUCUCGCUCUUUCUGAUCUGACAGGGAUUUGUUCGUCCAUGUCAGAGUUGAGCCCCCGUCAAUCCUCUACGAAAGGGGAUGAGGGACAUUACAACCCCAGACACUUUAGUUUUCACCCUUAUUUUUAGAUAUAAAUUAUACAUUGGAAGAUAAACACCCUCCCACUCCUCCCAGUCCUGCCUGGGUUUUAUCUUUUUUCAAAAUUCCUGUCUUGGGUUGGUUGUUAAGACAGCAAGCUGCAUCUGACUGUUACAGUAUUUAUUAUUACCAAUGACUUUUGAUCUGAAGUCCUGUCCUGCUCCUUAAGAAGUCAUUGGGUGGGUGUUUUGUGCUCUGAAUUGCUGUUGCAGUGCGGACCAAGAGGAGCAACACGAGAAGCAUUACUGUCACAGCAAUAACGACAAUUGUGAUUCUAGUACUUUUUGAAUGUUUCAAAGUAGUAUAUAAUAAUAAUGAUAAUAAUAAUGUGUUGUGCGUGUGUAGAGGCAGUGAAAAAAUCAAGCAAGAAAGACUUGACAGAUGCGUGCGUGUGUGUUCAUGAGGCGUCCUCAAUGUUACAUUUUCAGAUGUUAAAUUUUCAUAUUAGCGUUUCAAGAGUUUGUUUUUGGAGAUUUCUCUUUCACGUUUGGUUGCUCACUCUUUGUAUCACAGAGCCAGACUUUAACAGUUUAGGAUUUACCGUAGACUUGAUCGGGUAGAAACCUAAAUAUCAGAACAGUCAGCUACUUCGUUGUCCAACUGGGCCGGUGUUUCAAAACAAAAGGACCAACCAGGCUUGUGUGAAGAAAAAGGGAAUCGGUUUCCUCAGUAUUGUUUUUUUUUGUGUGUUUGUAAGAUUAAUUUGACUCACUGUUUUUAUUCAGUUCUUUUUUUUUUUUCUUUCAUUUUCUAUCUUUAUUAUUUUGUCGUCUUUAUUUGUUGCUUAUUUUGCCAGUCCUCUCCAUCCACUGGAUUCAGGCCUCUUCUGAUGAUGUGAAAACAUUUCACCCAUCUGUUCUCCCUCUUUGUUUUUGUUUUUCUUCUUCUCAUCACUCAAACCCACUCUUCCUCUCUUUCCUUUAUGUGCUCUUCCCCUUAGCCCCACUCUCUCUCUCUCUGUCUCUCUCUCUCUGUCUGUGUGUGUUUCAUUGAAAAUGGCGGCUACAGAAGCAUGUUGACCAUGCUGUGCGUGGCCAUCCGUGGAUGACAAAAGGGUGUAAUAUUUAUUUAGGGAGGGAGGGGUUGGAUGGGGGUGGUGUCUGUGGUAGAUUGAGAGAGCGAGAGAGAGAGCUGUAUGAGGAUGAGAAUGUACUGUAAAGAUGUGAUGUACACCACACCAUGGAGAGAAAUGAAAAGUUCUAAAAGAUGCAACAACUCCUUGCUCAUCUUUGAGUCUGUGUGUGUUUUUACUUGAAAAUAUUUGGGAAAAAUGUAUUUAUUUUCACUACUGAUCUAGCUGUCUGUUAUUAGGUCCAAUAAAGGUCAGUAAAUGGUUAACAAAAAUGGCCAUCACAAUA